GAGGCCCAUAACAAAAUGUGAGACAUUAAUGGUUAAAAGUCGCAGGAACAAAAAAGACGCAGACUUCGCACAAACAUAUUAGCAGAUGGAAAGAGAAAAAGAAGAAGAAGAAGAGGAAAUAGUGUGCUUAGAUGAGUCUUUCUUCAUCAAUGACAAUUACCAGCUGACGACGUUUACAUUUGGGUCCCAAGUCAUUCAGCUCUUCUGUCUCCACUCUGCUUCUACUGAUUUCGAUCUGACAGGGCAGUUGGUAUGGCCUGGAGCUAUGCUUUUGAAUGAUUACAUAUCAAAGAACUCUGAACUGCUGCAGGGCCGCUCUGUUAUUGAACUGGGCUCUGGUGUUGGUAUUACAGGAAUACUUUGUAGCAGAUUUUGUCGUGAAGUUGUUUUAACAGACCAUAAUGAGGAAGUACUCAGGAUCCUGAAGAAAAAUGUGGAAUUGCAUUCAUCAUCUCAGAAUCAUAAUGGUAGUUCUGGAUUAGCCGCUGAAAAACUAGAAUGGGGAAAUUCUGAGCACAUCUACCACAUUUUAGAAAAAUAUUCAAGAGGAUUUGAUCUUAUUCUUGGAGCUGACAUUUGCUUUCAACAGGCAAGCAUUCCUUUGCUUUUUGACACAGUGGAAAAACUCCUCCGAUUUAGAGGACAAGGACAAUGCAAAUUCAUACUAGCCUACAUAUCCCGAGCAAAAGUCAUGGAUUCAAUGGUAAUCAAUGAAGCUACACGGCAUGGGCUGGAGAUAAACGAAAUAGCUGGGACUCGAAGUGUCGUUGGAAAUCUGGGAGGAACUAUCUUUGAGGUCACCCUUUGAGAGAACCAUGAACUUUUUUUCUGAUAAAACACAAAUUUUCAGUAAGAUAGAUAGUGUUAGCUUUGUGCAAGGGAGGUGGAGGGAAACUGAUAGUUGGGUGAGCAAGAAUAGAGGUAUCACAUUGUUCAGUGAGAGCCCUACUAUGAUUUUGGGAAAUUGUCUGGCUAUCAACAGGAUUUAUGUAUGACUACCCCUUUAAUUCAUGGAAUUUUGUAAGUUUUGGAGAUCAUUCUUAUUUUUAGUUUUAACAGAACAGGUUUUGGUGUCCUUAACUGUAUAAAAUGGGGUUAUUUAUUUUA